AAGAAUUAUUGGGAAAAUUAAAAGAAAAGAAAGCUGCAUUGUUCCCCUCAUGGAUUGGACGACGGCGCCCUGAAUUCCUUCCCUUUCUGAAAUUCUGAUUUUCCGUACGGACCCGCCCUUGCCAUUCAUUCAUUCCCAUGGACCUCAACCUUCAUUCCUCCCGCUUCCGCCACCGCAAUUCCCCUUCCUCCGAACGCUUUCUCGCAUCCUUCCCUUCUCCCCCCGUUCGCACUUCAAACCCUAGUUCCACCACCGCCCUCGACGACGAUUCCGAGCUCAAUGAGGACGACGUCUUCUGGACCGGCGAUUUUGCUUCCGAUUCCGUCCACCAUAGCCACUCCACUCCCUCUUCCUCCUCCUCUUCCACUCCUCGUCACCAUAUUCAUCACCUCCAGCAUCACAAGGGUUUUCCUCUGCCUGAAACCUUCGGAAUUCUCGCUGCUCUUCCCGAGAAUGAGGCCUCCUCCAGUCUUAGAAACUCUUCUCAUUUCUAUCACAAGGCCUCUGUUUCGUCUUCUUCCUCCUCCUCCCCUUCGUCUUCUCGUAUGAUUCCCACGAUCCCCAAACCUCCUCUGGACCGAUUGCCUCUUCCCAUUUCGACCUCGUUGAAGUACCAGUCUGCACCAGUGAAUGUGCCAAUAAUGUCGAAGGCAGUUGUUCAAAGACAGCUGGAGGUUGAUGUGGACUAUGUUGAUGAAGACGAUGGGGAGAUGUUGCCGCCGCAUGAGAUUGUGGCUAGAAGUUUGGCUCAGUCGCCGAUGUUGUCGUGCUCUGUGCUUGAGGGAGCUGGAAGGACGUUAAAAGGGAGGGAUCUUCGUCAGGUUCGCAACGCGGUUUGGAGACGAACAGGUUUUCUGGAUUAAGCAAUUGAAUUCCAGUAAUUAUUUUUGGAGAACAGAUUUGCACAAUUCGCUAAGCUGCUACUGUCUGGUUCACUUCGAUCACUUCUUGUGUCGCUCUUUUUAGAAAUAUAUAUUGAGGGUCCAGGAAUAUUUGAAUCUGCUUGACACUCAUCGUAACGAGGAAUUGGAAUUGUAAUUAUCUGAAGGGCGCCUAAGAAUUUUCUUUGAAGCUUAUUUCAUUCAAAAGGUGGAGAAUCAUUUUGUAUGUUCAUUGAAGCUUGCAAGUACCUCUCAAUGUUCUAUUAUAGAUUCUCAAUCUCUUUAUCACACUGGAAGAAAGAGAAUCGUUGUUUGUUGAGGUUUCUUGCAUCUGAGAAGUAACACCAUUAUCAAAUCAGAUCCAGUUUCGUUCUACAUUAAGUUAGACUACAGGGGUAAUCUCUCUUCUGCAGGCAUCUUCCCCAAGUCUCAGGUGCUUUACUUUUGCUAUUAAUGCCCUCUGCUUGCUAAAUCUUAAAGAGAAACAAGGUCAGUUUAGAUUGUUAAUUUUUUAGUUUUGGUUUUUGAAAAUUAAGCUUGUUUUUUUAGUUUCUUACAAUAUUUUGCAUCUCUCUUGAGUUGAAUUAUUAGUUAAAUUUUACUAAAGAUCCAUAUUCAUCAGAUACGCUCCUCUAUAAACCUCCAUUUUCUUCUUUGUCGAUGGAUAGAAGUUGAAAUAUGAGGUAGAGAAAACCUUAUAUCAAAGGAAGAGAAUGAGUAUGGAAUGGAGAUCGGAGAUUUUGGAGUGUGGGAUCGUGGAGAUUGGGAAUAGUAAAAUAAUAAUAAUGUCUUUUUUCUUUUUCCUCAAAUCAGCUACUUUCUGCCGACUUAAAUUUUAGAAUUCUUAAUAGCCUUUUUAAAAAUGCUUUUAUCAAAAGCAAUGUUAUUAAAGAUUUGUUGUAGGGCAUCACCUAUAACAUGAUAGGGUCAUUAUUACUAACUACUUUUAAGAAUCCUCUCCGCAAGUAAUUCCUUCAACAAACUUCCUCAUCAAGAUCAUAUGUUCAAUGCCAAAUACACUUGACGAUGAUGAUUGAGUCAUCAAAAAAAGGUAUAACUUGUUAAUAUAGGUAAUAGCCGUCAAUUCCGUUAAACUCUUCUUAAUCGUCACUCCCAUAUCAUCUGAAUGGUAUAUGAGUUCAUUCGUUACUCUUAUUCUUGAAUUUGGGUGUUGUGUCAAAUUUUGAUAUUAGACUAACCAUUGAUCGACAAGCAUGGCAUGAACUUAUGGCUAUGGGCUCAUUGACAUGACUGAACAUUUGAUAAUAAAUUUAAACUUUUGAUUCCAAAAUUUUCUCAAUGAAUCUUAUUAUCAUAUUCUUAUUCUUGUUGCUCUGUAUUUUUCGUUUGUUCUUGUUUUCUUAUUGGAAUAUAUCCCCUCAUCUUAACAGCCAAUCAAAUGUCAUUACAUUUUUCAACAAUUCUACAUUCAAUUCUUCCUCAUCGGGAAGAUUGUUCCACAUUCAAUUGUUCCACAUCUGGAAGAUUGGAAGACGAUCAAAGAACAAAUCUCCAUGUCUCAUCAUUUCUUGCUGAGAGAUGCUAUGCAAAACAAAUCUCUGUUUUAUGUUUUUUCUUUUUGUCUGUUACUUUUUCUUUUGUUUGUUUUUCCUAACUUUUUGUUCCAUCAUUUUACUACCUGCAUACUUUUUCAAACUUCUAAUACUGAUUUGAUAUGUGAAUUAAUUCUACUUAUAACUAUUGCACUUAAAGUUGACAAUA